CCCCCUUCCCCUCGUCCCCGACAGCCACCAUGGUGCAGAAAUCCCGCAACGGAGGCGUUUACCCGGGCCCCGCCGCGGAGAAGAAGCUCAAGGUGGGCUUCGUGGGGCUGGACCCGGGCGCCCCGGAUUCCAGCCGGGACGGAGCGCUCCUCAUCGCCGGUUCCGAGAGCACCAAACGCGGCAGCAUCCUCAGCAAACCCCGCUCCGGGGUGUCGGGCAGCGGGAAGCCCCCCAAAAGGAAUGCUUUUUACCGCAAGCUGCAGAAUUUCCUCUACAAUGUGUUGGAGAGACCGCGGGGCUGGGCUUUCAUUUACCACGCAUAUGUUUUUCUACUAGUUUUCUCCUGCCUGGUGCUGUCUGUCUUUUCGACCAUUGAUGAGUACCAGAACAGCUCAGAAGGGGCCCUUUACAUCCUGGAAAUCGUCACCAUCGUGGUGUUCGGGGUCGAAUACUUUGUGAGGAUCUGGGCAGCCGGUUGCUGCUGCCGAUACCGGGGCUGGAGGGGAAGGUUAAAAUUUGCCCGCAAGCCUUUCUGUGUCAUCGACAUCAUGGUGCUGAUCGCGUCCAUCGCCGUGCUGGCGGCGGGGUCCCAAGGGAACGUCUUUGCCACCUCGGCGCUCAGGAGUUUGAGGUUCCUGCAGAUCCUGCGAAUGAUCCGCAUGGACCGGCGGGGCGGCACCUGGAAGCUCUUGGGCUCUGUGGUCUACGCGCACAGUAAGGAGCUGAUUACUGCCUGGUAUAUUGGCUUCCUGUGCCUCAUUCUGGCCUCUUUCCUGGUAUACUUGGCCGAGAAAGGAGAAAAUGAGCACUUUGAUACAUACGCAGAUGCACUCUGGUGGGGUCUGAUUACUCUCACCACCAUCGGCUACGGGGACAAGUACCCGCAGACCUGGAACGGGCGGCUGCUGGCAGCGACGUUCACGCUCAUCGGCGUCUCCUUCUUCGCCCUUCCUGCCGGCAUCUUGGGUUCGGGGUUUGCUCUGAAGGUUCAAGAGCAACAUCGACAAAAACACUUUGAGAAGAGGCGAAACCCAGCAGCUGGCCUGAUUCAGGCGGCUUGGAGAUUUUAUGCCACCAACCUGUCCCGGACGGACCUGCACUCCACCUGGCAGUACUACGAACGCACCGUCACCGUCCCCAUGUACAGCACGCAAACGCAAACGUACGGUGCCUCCAGACUCAUUCCUCCUCUGAACCAGCUGGAGCUCCUGAGGAACCUGAAGAGCAAAUCGGGACUGACAUUCAGGAAAGAGCAGCAGCCCGAACCAUCGCCAAGUCAGAAGGUCAGUUUGAAAGAUCGUGUCUUCUCCAGUCCCCGCGGUGCUGGCACCAAAGGGAAAGGCUCUCCACAGGCUCAGGGCAUCAGGAGGUCCCCCAGCGCUGACCAGAGCAUCGAGGACAGCCCAAGCAAAGUGCCCAAGAGCUGGAGCUUUGGAGACCGGAGCCGAGCCCGGCAAGCUUUCCGCAUCAAGGGAGCAGCAUCACGGCAGAACUCAGAAGAGGCGAGCCUCCCCGGAGAAGAUAUUCCCGAUGAGAACAAAAGCUGCAACUGCGAGUUUGUGACGGAAGAUUUGACGCCGGGACUGAAAGUCAGCAUCAGGGCAGUGUGCAUUAUGAGAUUUCUCGUCUCCAAGCGCAAGUUUAAGGAGAGCCUUCGGCCCUAUGACGUGAUGGAUGUCAUCGAGCAGUAUUCAGCCGGUCACCUGGACAUGCUCUCCCGAAUUAAAAACCUUCAGGCCAGGAUAGAUAUGAUUGUGGGUCCCCCACCCCCUUCAACUCCCCGGCAUAAGAAGUAUCCAACCAAAGGACCCAUGUAUUCUUCCAAAGAGUCUCCCCAAUACUCGCCUAGAGUUGACCAGAUCGUUGGGAGAGGAUCCUCCAUGACCGACAAGGAUCGGACCAAAGGGCCAGCAGAGGGGGAGCUGCCUGAAGACCCCAGCAUGAUGGGCAGGCUUGGAAAAGUUGAAAAACAGGUUCAGUCAAUGGAGAAGAAGCUGGACUUCCUGGUGAACAUUUACAUGCAGCGGAUGGGCAUCCCACCAACGGAGACGGAGGCUUAUUUUGGGUCCAAAGAGCCAGACCCAGCACCUCCCUACCACAGCCCCGAAGACAGCAGGGAGCACAUUGACAAGAACGGCUGCAUCAUCAAGAUCAUCAGGUCCACCAGCUCCAUGGGCCAGAAGAACUUCUCUGCCCCGCCAGCCCCGACCAACACGUGCCCGCCCUCAACGUCAUGCCAGCAGCAGGUCUACCAGCGGCAAAGCCACGGCUCCUCGCCCGUUGGAGACCCCGGCUCGCUGGUCCGCAUCCCACCUCCGCCCUCCCACGAGCGCUCUUUGUCGGCGUACAGCGGUGGGCACAGGGCGAGCGCGGAGUACCUGAGGAACGAAGACAUUACAACCAAACACCACGAGAGUGCCAUGAGAGACAGCGACACGUCCAUCUCCAUCCCCUCGGUAGACCACGAGGAACUGGAGCGUUCUUUCAGCGGCUUUAGCAUCUCCCAGUCCAAAGAGAAUUUGGACAUCCUUAACAACGGUUGCUAUGCAGCCGUGGCCAAAAUCAGACCCUACAUUGCAGAAGGGGAAUCAGACACCGAUUCUGACCUCUGCACGCCUUGUGGUCCACCUCCUAGGUCGGCCACGGGCGAGGGACCCUUCAGUGACAUGGGCUGGUCAGCCCCCAGGCAGUGAAGCCUUCUUGCAGCCGCCGAGCCACGUCCGAGCGCUGGCAGCUGCCCACUCCAGCUGUCCACGCGUCGAACUUCUCAAGGAGAUUGACAGCUAAGGUUUUCCUCCUUCUAGGACAUCCUUAGCUGGCAGAUAUUUUCUUGCAGCUUACUCUGGGGGGAGGGGGGGAACGAGCAGGUCCAAGCCUGCAUUUGUGGAAGAGGUCAUGGUGGUGAGCGAACUGGAGCUAUGAAGUCCAGAUUUAUUUCAUAUUCUCUUUCUAAGAUCACUAGGUGAAAUUAUUUCAUGGUGCAGGGUAGGCAAUUUGCAUUUCUUGGGAAUCUUCAGGAGUGUGGGGCAGGAAUAAAGCACCCAGCCAGGGCAUUUGGAGGUCACAGUAACUGGUGGCUGACAGGAGUUAGGUGGGAAUUGCCACGUCAUGGCACCGGUGAUUACACCUUUAGGUAUUUUGGAGUUGCGGAACGAACGCGUGUCUGUGUCUGUCUUAGAUUUCAGGUCACGUGUAAUUACGGGGGUGGGAGUUGUUACUCUGUGGUUCCUCAUGAACCGUCAGGAAGGUGGCAUAAUUCCAAUAUAAUACAUGGAAAUGUUGCGUAGGCCCCUGGAGGAGAGGGAUGAUGGCUGGAAUAUUUGCAUGAACAGAAGACAUCAGGUCAAAGUGGGGCAGAUUAGGAUACCACUCUGAACCAGAAUGGUUUGGAAAUUAUCCCAUCCUAGGAUAUUUAAAAACUCAGAAAUACGAGCUUGAGUGCAAGGAGAGAGAAAACCCAGAGGGCAGAGAAAUGAGACAGAGGAGGACAAGAGACUAUGGGGCUGGAAUUUCAUGUUUUAAACCAUGUAUUAUAUUUAAUUAGCUCUCCUUUCGUUGACAAUGGACCUGCAGGUGCUUUGGAAGCAAAAGCAACCCAAAGGCAACCCCUCUGGAGGGCUGCCAUGGUGUGAAGCCAUUCUCGUGGCCACCAGUGGUGUUGUGGAGGCAGAGCCACCAGGCCAAAGGGAGAGGGUGGAUAUGUGAGGUGCUGUGGUCCCCGCACUGCUGCGAGUUAAGUGCUGAGCUCCAUCCUUGUGAAGCCCUGUUGGCCAGAGUGGGCACUUUUCUUACAGUUUGCAUUGUGCCUGAACACUUUUGCACACACUAUGCCCCGUGAAAAUCUUCCCUUUCUUCUUCUGCCCUGCCAAGAAUCUCACACCCCAUGUUCUCAGGACAUCCUUCAGUUUUGUUUGGAUCCCUCAAGCUGAGUUAAGAGGUGAUUCUUCAUUUCUUCAUGGUCUUUCAGAAGCCUCUUACCUGUGCUUGCCCACAAGUUGUGCCAAUCCAAGUCUGCCCCGUUUCGUUGUUGUUAAAGUACUUUCUCUUGGAAAGAUCAUUGUGUCAUUACCAGGAACCUCAGCAGCGCAUUCAACUGGGGGGGAAAAGUGAAGCUUAAAGUUUCUUUUGGGACCAAAACGAAGUCACAAAGUGGUCUUUACAUGGAUAGGUGGGUGGGGGUUUUUUGCAAGGGAGUGGAUCAGGAAAAGUUGUGCUUUGGAUCCAUCUCCAGGGCUGGGACACCAUGGCCAGCUUUGUGCCUCUGAACCCUGCCAGGUAUCCACAGCUCAAAUCCCGUGUGUGUUUUCUGCUGGGGCUGUGUCUGUGACUUCAAAUCUCAUCUCCCCACAUUUUCCCUGUGUCAUAUCAAGAGCCUGUUAAGGAUAUUUAGGUGGCAACUUAAUUUCUGUGUGGCUUUUGAGAAGUUGAACGUUGACUUGCUUGGGGUGAAGGGAGAAUCACAACCUUUUUCUCUCCUCCUGUUUGCUUGACCAGGGGCAGCAACCAGGGGAGUAUUUUGGCCUUAGGGAAGAUGUGGGUGCAGUCUGACAGCUUGCAGACAGGAAAUAAAACCAUCCUCUUGCUAGUGCUCAGGACCAACAUGCAAGUCUUCACCUGGCAUUGAGGAGUGGGGAAAGGCUCUGCACAAUUUUUCCUGCCAUUUUUCAGCAUUCAGGAGGAGAAACUAUAUUUUCUUACAGGAAACCUAGGCUUCCAGCCAUACUAGUUCCUUCCUUUCAUUUGUGUGUUACCUCCUACAAUUUUUCCCUCUCUGCUUAUGCUCCCAAACUCCUUUUGGCUCCAGAUUUCUUUGUGCAAAAUGAACCCAGUGAUGAUCUUGACUUCUGUACAGAGAUACCUUUGAAUGAAAAAUGGCUGCGAAUCGUGCAGAUUUGCCCCUGGCGUGUUGCAAAAUGAGAUGCCUUCUAGCAGAGCAAGAAAUGUCAGCACGUCUCAAACCAGACUUGGUGGCAUGUAUUUUCCAGUGACCAGAAGAAUGGAAAUUAGAUUGGGUGAGGCAAAAGUGAACAUUGCUCCAGCUAGUUGCUUGCUGCAAAUUUUAUCCAAGUCAGAGAUAAUGAAGAUUUAUUAUCUUAUUUGUUUGCAAUUACUUUUUGAGGCUUGCUGGAAAUUUGGCACAGAAGAGUAUGAUAAAAAGGCAGGAACUCCAGAUGAGGAUGAGGAUGAUGUCAUGUGGUCCUGUUGCAGGACAAGUAUGUGACCGGUCUUUAAUAUAGGAGGCAAAGUCAACAGGACUUCAAGGCACAAUUUUUGUAGGAUGUAGUUUUCAUCACAUCCUAAUUUUGACGCCCCAUUGGCUGGAUUUUGAAUGUCCAUUUCCUAGUUCUUAUUGCAAAAUCCCUUUCUCCUGCCCAGAUGAUGUUACACCCCUGAAAGCAAAUACUGCCAGUGUGUCCCAAGGAGAUGCAGUUCCACUGUGUCCUUGGAGUUUUCCACAGGCUGAAAUCUGGCAGUGUUUUGCCUCCCCUAGGUAUUGCACAAGAAUUUUUUCCCUCUACAAGCUACCACACAAGAGUUUAUAAAGAUCUGGCUCAUAACUUUAAACAGUGUUGGAUUUGUCCCACAAUCAGUUAUUAUAGAAAACUGAUUUUAUGUACAUGCAGUACAGUUUGUAUCUUGCUGCUACAAUUUCACAUAGAAUUUUUUUUUUCAAGGUGUGAAAAAUACUCCACUUUUAUUUGUGGCAUUAUUUCAAAGAAAUUCUGACACAUGCCCCCAUCCACAACCAUGCCAUAAAUCAUCACUUUAUUCAUCCAAGCAAAAAGACCUGGAUUUUGGAGUUAACUUGCACCAAAAUUAACUCCAAAUAACACUCCUUAUUUCCACAAAAUGAUUUAUGACUGCAUAAAUGAUAACAGAGCCUGCUCAUUGCUUAUUGACAUAAAGUUUCCUCCCUGUCCUAAAUCAUAGUCCAGUACUCCCUGCAGAAUCUUCACUUUCAAUCUCUCAGUUCCCCCAUGCCUGUAUCAUACACUCCUAGUGGUAAUCUCCCACAAGAAGUCUUAACCACUAGAUUAAAAGAAAAUAAAUUGGGUUUGUUUUGCUAAUGAGGCAGUUCCAAUGAUAAAGACCUUUAAAAGGAUGGACAGGCAAACUUUGUCCCUCUGCUGAGCCUCUCUUGGGCUCGUCUUUGCUCCCCUGUUCCUCGCCAGUCUGGUUCUGUAUUUUUUGGAGGACAGAAACAAGUUUUAAACAAUGCCAAGCAUGGACAAAGGAGAUGAAGGAGAGGUAAAGAAGAUGUGAAAGCCAAAUUUCCAGCAGGCCAUCUUGAACUGCUUCGGGGGGGCCCAUGCUCAUGCCCGGUUUGUGCGCAGAGCCUGGUUUCGAGGUGCUUCUGUGCUGAAUGUGAAGCCCUGGCCUUGGACCAGAGCCUGGGAUCUGGCCUCCUAAAAACUUUUGGACUUUUUUUUUUUUUUUUUUUUUUUUUCCUCAGAAUCUGGGUCUAAAUCUGCAGAGAAAUACUGCAAAUGGCCACACCUGUGGGAUGGAGCAACCCCUGAGACGGGAACCUGAAGCCACAGUCAGUUUUUGGGUGCUUCAGGUCCAAGUAUGAGUUCAAGUUGUCUGAGGAUUCGUGUGUCCAAACAGGAGCCGUGGCUGGAGAUGUUGCAGUCUCUGUGCAGGUGACCUUCCAGAAUGUGACCCUGAGACAUAGGAACAGAGCACUAGCCAUAAGUCAAAUUUCCCAAUAUUUGGGAAGGGACUUUAAUGUUACUCAAGUGCAGAUUUUGUAUGUGAAUUUCCUUGUUGACUCAUUUUCUUGUUAAUAAUUUUUGAAACAAAAAUGUUUAGGAACUCACUGAAAAAACAAAUGUCUUGUCCAGCUCUGAAAGCCAUUAUAUUUCUUUAGACAAACUCUGUGGUAGAUCAGAUUUUCUAAAAAUGUAUUUUGUUUUGAAUGCUGCUUAAUAAAUCCAACUGAAUUCUGCAGGAUCAUUGCUAUUUACAGAUAAAUAGGUAUAUUUUUACAUUUUGAAUUGAUUUUUAAGAUUUUAAAUUACGUGAAUUUUUAGAAAAAGUUUGUAUAAUCUACCUGAAAAGCCAGAGCAUCACCUCAGAUACAAAUGCUCCCCUUCUUAACAGUUACCCAAGAGAAAAGAAAAACAAGUUUACUCGUAUUUUUCUCAAGAGGGAGCUACUGCAAACCUCAUUUCCCUUAUAUCCUCAGACCACUAUGGUCACAGCAACAUUAUUGCUAAAGCCAAAAAGUAACUAUUAAAAGAGAAAUUGAAAUUCCUAAGGAAUUUGUCCAAGAGUUUUCCCAUAUAAAGACCCUUAGCAGUGAGUAUUUUAUUGGGAAUGUUAAAAAGCCCAGGAGCAGGCUAAGGAUUUCUGUUUCUCCAUCCACGCUCGUGUGAACCCUGAGGUUGAGCGAGUCCUGAGCCUCCAUCCCUUUCCUCUGACCCACACCUGCACGCCCGCAUCCCCCCUCACCCGCUCUCCAUCAUGGGUCAGCAUCUUCUGUUUUCAUCAGCUUCCUUUUUGUGAGCCUAAAACAAGGAAAUCAGAUACAAAAGCUCCUUCACCUGCAAGUAACAUCGAGGCUGCGAUGCGGAGGGCCGUGGCACAGGGGUGAGCCCCGCGUGGGUCACUGCUGCUCAGCGGUGUAAAAGCAAACUCUUGCUUUUGGAACACAAACACCCUGACUUUUCUGCGUCACAGAGUAAAAUCUGCUUAGAGCACGGGUGUGGGAUAGUUGUUUUUUUUAAUAAUAACAGUAGGGUUUGGGGGUUUUUUAAUAAGGAUAAUAGUAAUGCAUAGGAAUCUUCUUUAGUAUAUCUUAGUGUUUGAUGCCCCAGUGACACAGUACUGCUUGCCUUAUAUUAGUGUCUAGAGGGAGAGGGAUUACACACAUUUUGAUACAGUAUUAAUCACGCUUAUACUUUAGGUAGCAGCAAGGAGCGGCUGCUGCAGAAGGAGCAGCCGGGUCCUUUUUAACGUAUGAAUGUGCUUUCCGGACUAUCUCACUGACUGUACUCUCAAUUUUGCCUACUACUGCAUGCAGCCUGAGAUGAGUAGACAGCAGUAUGCUCCAGCUGUAUCUGCACUCCCAGAUUGCUGUAGUACCUGAUGAGGUAACAUUGCCAAAAGCAUCAUUUUCGGGAGAGGCCGUCCUCCCAGUGACCCAUCACGUAGGGUGCUGCGGUGCUUCUGUAGGUAACACUGAUAUACCAAGUGUCUCUCAUGCCGCGACUGAUCAUUGCCCCAUCCCUCUGAUACAGCAUGCAGAAACUUCUUUUAAUGAAGGGAUAAAAAUACCACAGUUGUACCUGUGGUUCCCCAAAACGUGCACACGGGGAGGAAAAAAUAUGAAUUGUGUAUAACAACCUCCUUUUCAUCCAGGUGCCUCUAAGAAGAGCAUCCCAGAUACACUGUCCUGAGGGUUUGGAGGAGCAGGCAGAACAAGGCGGGCAGCGCCAGGGAUGGAGGCCUGGCUUUCAUUUAGGAGAUGACAACUGAACCCCCAUGUGUGGGAGUUGCCAUAUGUCUGGUUUCAUUCCCCUAGGGUUCCCUCGCCUCAUCCAGCUCUGAUGUGCAUGUGCGUUUGUGCCUGCAGCCCAGCCCAAGGGGCAGGGAGAAAUGUGAUUCCCAAACUUUGGAAACCCCUCUUUGGAAAUUUCAUCCACCCUUGUCUACAGCCCUUGGGGGUCUCAGGGACCCUGCAGCUGUGCCAUAUCCAUUCCUUGUGGAAGCAUCUUUUACUCUCCUUACGGAGAGGUGCUGAGCUACCUUCCUAUCUCCAUAAAUGUUUUGCCACAGUUCUCCCUGCUGUAAUACCAGGCUGUCAAGAGACCUUCAGGGUUUUCCCACCUCGCUGGCUUUUGCAGUCUCUUGUAUCUCUUCGUGCUGCUGCCAUAAUCUAGUUUGACACUGGUCCCAUAUCCUCACCUUCCUUGUCCAGACAAUAUACAAGUGAAGACGUAACGCCAGAACUCUGCUCUGAAACUUACUUUUGGCCUGGCAUCACUAGAUGCACCAGAGAGCCUUCAUGUUUUGUUAGCAUGACAGUUUUUAUUUUUAUUGGCAAUUUAUUUGCUUUCUCACUGAGCCACCGUGGCCUCAACACAUCCCUGGUUUGUCUUGCUGGAGCCUUUCAGUGCAGGGAUGGAGUCUGUACAGCGCCCUGUAAGGAUUUGUCCCCUUGGUGAAACAGGGAUGAGGGUUCAGUUCAGGUUUUCUUGUCAAGCUGAACACCUCAGAGUAGAGCUUACAGACUCUAACAGUGUUGAUUCUUUUGCUCCCUGAAGCAAAAGCUGCUUUCAGGACCCCAGUCCCCUCCAGCACUCCACACCUGUGGUUUUGCAUUCCAGGCUCCAGCUCCAUAACAGGGAGAAACGGAAAGCAGCUGGUCCAGGUUGUGCUAUUUCCAAAGCUGCCAGUGAACCUGGAAACAUCUUGCCCUCUCCUAAUUCCUGUAAAUACAGGCGCAGAUGAAUUGUUUGAGCAGCAUCUGUCUGCCUAGUCCUGAGAAACUUGAGUUAACUGCAAAGCUUUUCAAAACUCAGUUCCAGGCUUAGGCUAGGUUUCACCUGCAGCUACACCUAUAAUUUUAGGGCAGGUUUAAUGGUUUCAGGUAUAAGCCAUGCCAAAAUAUCCAGUUUGGAUGAUUUUGGCCCAAAACCAAGGCUGAAUGUCACGCUGCUGGUGAAGCUUCCCCUGGAAUUUCAGCUUCAUUUGACACUGAUGCCUGUGGACCUGGGGAGAUGCUCAAGCCUUGCAAGCCGAGAUGAGAAAAUGCCUCCUUAAUUUAGCAUGCCAUGGACACCUCCCAUUAAAAGUAGAAGCAGCAUUUCACAAUAAUCCCUUAAACCUGACCAACACAGUGGCCAUGACCCAGGGUUUCACAUAUACACUGAUGCUCAUGAGAGGGAUUUAUUACAGAUGUGCACAUAAAGGGCUCAGUCCUUUAGCAUCUCUGUACACACCAUGUUCAGCCUUGCUGGUCAUCAAAGCUGAUGACGGGUCUUUCUGUCCUGCUUGGUUAUUCACACUGGGCCAGCAUCUUCCCUGGAGCUGAAGGUAUCCCCUGCUCCUGUCAGCAGGCAGGAUGGGGACCCUACUGUGUCGGUUACUCUUCCCCCUUGCCCGAACCCAAACCCUAAAAUUUGAAGUUUCUUCAUUUUUUCUCAAAAAAUUCACGCACAGGGUAGAGAACCUGAGAUUUUCAGGAACACCCAGGCAAAACAAGAUAUAGCUGAUAAACGACAGAGAUUUUGUUAUUUUAAAUCAAGAGCAGAUUUUAAACAUAGUUGCAGUUGCUGCGUGAUGUAUCAAAUGCUUUAGGAGAUUCAAUAAAUUAUUCUUAUAAAUGUUUUAUUCUUUUAUCAGUAAUUCAUAUAGGUGGGUGCCACUGUUCUUAUACAGCAACUAAAACUAUAUUCCUGUUUCUCCAGUAUAGGCAUUGUAUUUAUGAAAUUUAUCUUGCUUAGUGUCACUUUGGCACACUAUCCACGUAUACUGCACACAGAUUGCACAUUACAUGCCAAAUGCUGAUAGGUAUCACUACAUGUAAUAAGCAUAUGUGCGUUGAGCAGACACCAAACAAAGUGUUACCUGCCUAGUUUGUGAAGUGACUCACUAAUAACUGGGAAAAGAGAAAAAUUAAGAUCCUAUUUUGUUAAGAAAUACACUGCAUUCAAAUGCUUCUUUAAGCAGAUUUAACCAGGAAGCUAAAAUAAGUGAGAUUGCCUCUGCAAUGUUACUUAAAAAAUACCUGAACAAAAGACACACAGCCCGAAAAUACCUAAGAACUACUGUAUUUCUAUAUAUUCUUCAUUGCUAGUCAUCUGAACUGUAAAUUCUGUACAGAUUGAAUGAAGUUCACAGUUUAUCUUUGUCAUAACCUGUAAGAUAAAAGGACAACACAACUUUGGCUGCAGAAGUGUGUUCAUGUUCUUUGUGUACAUGCAUAUCUGUAUUGCUGUAUACAAACACAUGCACACACACACUUCAAAACAGAUAAAGCUGCAUCUGAGAUGCAGAGGGGGAAGAAAAGUUUUGGGGUUUUUUUUGGAGGUGGGAGAGUGAGUAAAUCCAAAACAAAAGACUAUUUCAAUAAUGUAUUUCUAUCGCAAAGGAAGAUUGCAAAGAUGUGUAACCGCCAUCCCAAGGAGAAAUCCCACUUCUGGAGGCGGCGCGGGCCGUGCAGUUGCUUUAAACGAUAUUUUUUUUUGUCCUCCUUUCAAACAAAUAAACAAAAGAAUAUAGCGGCCAGUGCCAAUUCCGAGUCCAAACCAAAAAGCCCGUUCCUUGGGCGGGUGGCCAAACAGUUUGUCCUACGCCACCGGAGAGCCGAGGGCAGAGGCUUUACGUGCUGUGAGGGGGUGACCCCGACGGCAGUGGUGCUGGCCGAGGGGCAGUGCCACGGUCUCCCCCAAUCCUGGCAUCGCCUCGGUAUGGGCUCCUGCCCGGGCAGAGGAUCCUGCUGCCGUCUGGGUCCUGCUCUUACCUUUGCCUACGUAUUUAAAAAAGCCCCUAGUUAAGAGACAUUUAAGAAAAAGAGUCAUCAAAAGCCAAUUUUAGAUCUUGGAGUUAUGAGAGAAAUGACAAAGUUAUAAUCAAUAAAUCUGAUUUUCCGGUUAGGCCAGUCUGCAGACUCCGAUUGCCCCUAUACAGAGGUUUCACCAACCUCAUCAAAUGAAUCAUCCUCUAGGAUUUAAUUUUGCCCAUAUUUUCACAGGUAUAAGAUCUAUAUUGUGUAGAACUUAUCCUUCAGUGUUUAAAUAAACAAACACACGAAUACCUAACUUUUCCAGUUGAAUACUGCUGGAUACCAUUGACAAAAGAGUAUUCAGAUUUUUGCAUUGGCCUGAAAUUCAUCUCUAGAUCCAAAAUUAUCUGCUGUAAGAACCACUUCAGUCCCAAAUAUGUUUCUAAGCAAAGGGUACCUCCGUUGCUGGAGUAUGUUGCUGUUUCCCUGAGAUACCUUGAAGCUAUUGUGGCUUAUAACAGCAUCUGGCUCAUUUCUAGGCUAAAAAUGAUUCAUGCAUUUGUCCUGACGGUGAGCUGAGAGGUGACUGUCACACCGGGACAGGCCGUUCUCGCUUGGCGCGAGUGCAGGAGCUGCACGCCCUCGCCUCCCGCUCGUAAAAAUCUGGGGCUCAGUUGAGCAUAAAAGUUUGGUUGUCCUUUAGAAAGCAAAGACAGCUGCUGCUUUGCUUCCUUUAGUUUGCUCCGUUGCCUUGGCUUUUUUGCACUUUCGUUUCAUCUCCAAAGAAUCUCUCAUAAUGCCUUUGGUACUUAUGUACAAUUUUAAAACAUUUUGUAUGUAUUGAAUGGUACACACUUUCUCUUGUAAAAUAGCAAUCGGACUUUUUUUUUUUUUUUUUUUUUUUUUUGGUGAAUGUGUAAUUUCUUCUGUACAUUUCAAUCAUGACUUUGUGCAAUGUACAUUUUAUAGGGACAGAUGCCAAGGGAAUGACCUGUAGUUUUCUAAUAGCUAGAAGCCGAAUGGCACAGUCACAGAUGGUUUUACAUUAGCACUGCAGAAGAGCAAUGUAGCCCAGACUUUUACACCGAAGCGUUGAGCGUGAUACAGCGUGUACCUUCACGUGAACGACUGUGGCAGCUGCAAAACUGUAUAUGUGUGAUAUUAAAAACAACAGUGACGGUUGCAAUUGGAAGGGAAAUGGAGGAAAAUUAAAUAAUCACAAUCAUUAAUUUAAGCCUCAAAGCAUCAGAAUGGAAAAUUUGCAUUCAGUAAAAAUACCAGAGAUUUAACCUUCAUGAGAUGAAAUACACAUUUAUUUUUCUUUGCACUUCUGUUCA